AUGAGUUCUGAGAAAGCUCCCCUCACCACCAAAGCGUAUGUGGUCGAGAAAAAAGGCGCCCCGUUUAUACUUCGUGACAUCAUUUUGGACCAAGUACAACCAGCGGAGGUGCUGGUAGAGAUCAAAUACACUGGAUUAUGUCAUACGGAUGUCGUUGUCCAACAAGGAGGGAUGCCUAUCGGGCAGUAUCCUGCUGUUCUCGGCCACGAGGGUGUUGGAGUUAUCCGCCAGGUAGGUUCGGCAGUAGUAGAUAAGUCACUGAAAGAAGGGGAUACGGUGCUCCUGUCAUUCCAUACUUGUGGCCGGUGCAAUGCAUGUCUCGAUGGCCGCUGCGGAAGCUGCCCCCAUAUGACCGAGACCAACUUUCUGUCCAGUGCGCGUUUAGACAAAACAUCCCCAAUUGCCUUACCCGAUAGCACGCCAGUGCAUGGGCAAUUCUUUGGACAGUCCUCUCUCAGUAAAAUGGCCAUCGUCACAGAAAAGUCCGUGGUCAAGAUCUCCGCACAGGAGUCGGACCUCCAGUUUCUUGCGCCGUUUUCUUGUGGAUAUCUAACUGGGGCAGGAACAGUGCUGAAUGUGCUUUGCCCAACUAGUGACUCCAAGGUUGCUAUCAUUGGAAUGGGCGGUGUUGGACUGGCUGCAAUGCUGGCAGCUAAAGCUAUGGGCGUUGAGCAUGUUGUUGCUGUGGAUAUGCUCGACGCGAAACUUGCAAUGGCAGCCUCCCUCGGGGCGACGCACACGGUUAAUACCAAAGAGGUCAAGACCCUUGCAGCGGGUAUCCGUGAUAUAUUUCCGGAUGGUAUUGACUAUAUUCUGGACACCACUGGUGUGGCGUCUCUUUUACAGGAUUCGCUUGCGGCCCUGGCUCAUGAGGGCACUCUGGCUCUUGUUGGUGUCCCAGCCGCUGCAGCCAAUAUUCAAGUAAAUGCGCUGGAUUUGCUGCUCUCCUGUAAAAGGAUAAUUGGUAUAAUUGAAGGAAGAGCAGAUCCAAAGACAUUAAUACCUCAGCUGGUGCAAUUGUUCAAUGAAGGAAAAUUUCCUGUGAAUCGGUUUACAAAGUGCUAUCCUGCCCGACGUUUGACGGAGGCAUUGGAGGAUUUAAAAUCAGGAUUAGCCGUGAAAGCAGUCCUAUCGUGGGACGAUAUGUAG